AUGGCUAAUGAGUCGGACUUUGAAGUAGGUAUUGCUGUCAUGGCCAUAGCAAUUGAUAGAGACAAGAACAGCCACCAUGCCGUGAAAUGGGCUAUCGAAAAAGGUUUGAAGAGGAACAGUCAGGUCAUCCUCGUCCAUGUCCAGAACCAACAAAACAUGCGGCCCCAGGGAGCCAUUGUCCCCAAAGAUGGUCGUGCACCAACAGAAUUGGAAUUGCAGCAAUUCUUUCUACCUUAUCGUGGAAUUUGUGCUCGAAAAGGGGUUCGAGCAAAGGAGGUGGUCCUCCACGACCUUGAUGUUGCCAAUGCACUUGUUGGUUUUAUCAAUAACAACUUCAUCAGUACUCUUGUUGUGGGUGCUUCGAGCCGGAGUGCCCUAACAAGGGCAUUUAGAAAUGUAGAUGUGCCAACUAAUUUAGGGAGGUCUGCUCCAAACUUUUGUUCAGUGUAUGCAAUAUCAUCUAAAGGAAAAGUUCAGAAUGUCAAGUUGGCUAGUCGACCUCCUACACCUAGUACAACUAGUUCUAGCCAGCAACAAUCUCAAGCAUCAGAUACCCCAUCCUCUGAGGAUUUUUAUCGAACAUAUAGCCGAAGGAGUUGGGGAAGCGAAGGCUCCGAGAAAAUGCCAUUUGAUAGAAGCAGCGAAAGGAUAUCCUUUGAUAGGAGUAGUGAGAGAAUAUCGUUUGGCAGCACGAGUGAUUUUAUGACGAUGACUCAUUCACCUGAGAGGGUCCCAACAGGCAACAAGAUUCCUUCGCCCCAACAAUCACUAGCCAAUCUUAUUAAUCUUCAGCACGAAGUAGAGGAGGAAAUGAGGAGAUUAAAACUUGAAUUGAAGCAAACCAUGGAAAUGUACAACUCAGCUUGCAAAGAAACAAUGACUUCUAACCAGAAGGCAAGUGAAAUUAAUCUAUGGAAGUCAGCGGAGGCACACAAGUUAGAAAAAUCCAAGCAAGCCCAAGAAGCUGCUUUAGUCAUAUUAGAGGUGGAGAAGCAGAAAACCAAGGCUGCCAUGGAAGUGGCACAGAUGGCGCAACGUCUGGCAGAAUUGGAAUCCCAGAAACGAAGAGGUGCUGAAAUGAAGGCAAAGCAUGAGGAAGAAGAGAAAAAGAAAGUUAUGGAAGAGUUAGCACGCUUUGACAUUCGGUAUAGAAAAUACACCAUAGAAGCAAUUGAAAUUGCGACAAGUUACUUCUCCAUUUCAGCAAAGAUUGGUGAAGGAGGAUAUGGGCCUGUCUAUAAAGCUUUGCUUGAUCACACAACUGUUGCCAUUAAGGUUUUGAGGCCGGAUAUUUCACAAGGGCAGAAGCAAUUUCAACAAGAGGUUGAGGUACUAAGUCGCAUGAGACAUCCAAACAUGGUUCUCCUUGUUGGAGCUUGCCCUGAGUACGGAUGCCUUGUGUAUGAAUACAUGGAAAAUGGCAGCUUAGAAGACCGGCUAUUCCGUAGAAACAACACUCCCACAAUCUCAUGGAGAACCCGUUUCAAAAUAGCUUCUGAAACUGCUACUGCCCUUCAUUUUUUUCACCAAACAAAACCCAAGCCUCUGGUGCAUCGCGACCUCAAACCUGCCAACAUUCUCUUAGACCGAAACUAUGUGAGCAAGAUUAGUGAUGUUGGCUUAGCCAGGCUGGUUCCACCAUCCGUGGCUGAUGGGGUAACUCAAUAUCACAUGACAGCAGCAGCCGGGACAUUCUGUUACAUUGAUCCAGAGUAUCAACAAACAGGGAUGCUAGGCACAAAAUCUGACAUAUAUUCGCUUGGUGUAAUCUUAUUGCAAAUUCUUACAGCAAAACCUGCAAUUGGUCUAACAUACCACAUGGAGAGGGCAAUCCAGAAAGGAACAUUUUCAGAGAUGCUUGAUCCAACAGUGACUGAUUGGCCUAUUGAGGAGGCUUUGUCAUUUGCAAAACUAGCUUUACAGUGUUGUGAGCUGAGGAGGAAGGACCGGCCCGACCUUGGUUUGGUCAUAUUGCCCGAGCUGAAUCGACUAAGGGAUCUUGGGUAA